AUGUUUGAUGCUUAUCCACCAACGCCUGACAAAAUAGCUGAAAUUGUCGGAGGAUUCACUAAACUGGGUUUCCCUCAAUGUUAUGGGGCUAUCGAUGGAUGCCACAUUGAAGUCGGUGUACCGAAAGACGAAGCAACGGACUAUUACAAUUUUAAGGGCUGGCACUCAGUCAUACUUUUUGCAGCGGUAGACCAUCGUUACCGGUUCACGUAUAUCAACGUCGGGGUGCCCGGGCGUGCAAACGAUUCUACUAUCUUCGAAAAUUCCAAACUCAAAGAGAUGCAUUGUAUGAACGAAGUCUUCCAAGCACAUUCCCAAAGAAUCGAAGGUGUAGAAAUACCGAUUCUGCUGAUAGGUGAUUCAGCAUUUAAAUUAUCGAAUUGUGUAAUGAAACCGUUUCCAUUCUCGAUCAAUCAGCCAGAAAGCGAAAAAUUGUUCAACUACCAUUUGUCGGCAUGCAGACGCGUGGUUGAAAAUGCCUUCGGUCAUCUGAAAGCCCGGUUCAGAAGAAUCGGGAAAGGAAUGGAAGUUGACAUUAACAAUGUCAAUGUGAUUAUAAAAGUCUGCUGCAUCUUGCACAAUAUGUGUAACAACCGGAAUGAUGAAAUAUCCGAUGGUUGGAAGACGAAGCUGGAGAAUAGUAAGCGGCAGCCUCAAAGAGGUCUAGGGGUUAAACACGAAAGUACAGCAGGAACCGUGAUAAGACAGGCACUGAUGUUACACUUUAGUAAGUAUUAA